AUGACUGUAGAACGAAGCGGGCGCCAGGCCCCGGCCGAGUCGGUUGCACCGGCUUCGGAGCGCACGCCGCUGUUGGCAUCCGGCGCGUCAGAGUCACGCACCGACGGCAGUGGAUUGACGGGGGCGGCGGCGAUUCUGAGACGGCAUCAGCGCAGUGAGAGCGAGAAUGAGCGGCUGCUGGCCGGAAGCGACGACGACGACGACGACGAUGGCAACAAUGGCAACGAUCAGGAGGAGGAGACGACGGUGGUGGCCGAGCAAGUGUCCUUUGCCAAGCUAUGCCUCAUCAUGGGAACCGCCUACCUAGGCGUCUUUCUCGGGGCAAUCGAUUCGUCCAUCAUCGCCACGCUCUCGGCGCCCAUCUCGAGUGAAUUCCAGUCCCUCAGUCUGCUCUCAUGGCUCGCAACGGCGUAUCUCAUCUCCAAUGCGGCGUGCCAGCCCAUCUCGGGUCGUCUGACGGACAUCUUUGGCCGAGGCCCGGGCUUGGUCUUUAGCAACUUGUUCUUUGCAGCUGGCAAUCUCAUCUGCGGGCUGGCGCAAAACUCGAGUGUCAUGAUUUUCGGCCGUGUCAUUGCGGGUAUCGGUGGCGGCGGCCUGAUGAGCAUCUCGACCUUUUUGGGGUCCGACUUGGUUCCCUUGCGCAAUCGUGGUGUUGUCCAAGGCAUUGGAAACGUAUGUUACGGCUCAGGGGCCAUGAUGGGAGGCAUCUUUGGCGGAUUGAUGAACGACCACACCAAACUGGGCUGGAGAUUGGCUUUCCUUAUCCAAGUCCCUCCCGCGAUUCUUUCCGCCAUAGCCGUGGCUAUCCUCGUCAGAGUGCCACCAAAGCAAUCCAACAAGUCUUACCUUGCACGAAUCGACUUUGGCGGCGUCUUCUUCACGGUGUCCUUCCUGGUUCUCCUCCUGCUCGGCGUCAAUGCUGGCGGAAACCUCGUGCCUUGGAUCCAUCCCCUGCCUCUUACGACGAUCCCUCUCUCCAUUGUGGCGUUUGUUGGUUUCAUUUGGUGGGAGAGCAGAGCGAUGCAGCCCAUCAUCCCAGUCAGGCUCCUCCUCGACCGUACCUUAUUGUCUGCCUGCUUGUGUAACUUCCUUGCUACCAUGGUUACCUUGUCGGGCAUCUUCUAUGUUCCUCUAUACCUCCAGGUUCGUGGUGACUCACCAACGGUUGCAGGCCUGAAAAUGCUGCCUUCGCCUGUUGGUAUUUCCAUUUGCUCUGUCGGAGCGGGCUACAUUAUGAAGAAGACUGGUCGGUACAUCCGGCUGGGCAUCAGCAGCAUGCUAAUGGUCAUUGCUGGAAUCCUGUUCUUCACGUCGCAGAACGAAACCAGUCCCGGAUGGGUGACUAUGGUGGCUUUCUUCCUGGUGGGCGGAGGUUACGGUGCCAUGUUGACAACAACUCUGCUGGCGUGCAUUGCGGCGGUUGAUCACUCACAACAGGCUGUCAUCACAUCAGCAACCUAUCUCGCUCGAAGUUUGGGUGGUACGAUUGGCAUCACAGCUAGCUCGGCUGUCUACCAGAACGUGCUCAACGCUCGUCUGUGGCAGCGAUUCGGUGAUGAGCCUCAUGCUGCCGAAAUCAUUCAAAAGAUCCGUGAUGACCUGAACUUCUUGAAACACCUACCAUCAGGAUGGUAUGACGGGGUGUUGAAGUCGUUCAUGGAGGCGUUCAGAGGCGUCUGGUUAACCAUGCUCACCUUGGCUAUUGGUGCUCUCAUAUGCGUAUCGCUCAUGAGGCAGCACACUCUCCACGAGACUCUCUCUAGGCGAUGA